AUGUCCGAAGCUAAGCAACUACUUGACACUUUGAUUGCUAAAGCAAAUACUGACACUUUACGUGCUUUAGUCGAAAUACGAAACCAAGCUGAACAAGAUAUUGUGAAGCUUACAGAACAAUCCGUAGUAUUGAACUCACAAGAAUUAAAACAAUUAUUAGAAUCAACUGCAACUACUAUAAUAACUUGCCAAUCAUUAACUGCAGAAAAUCCAGUAGUUAUGGCAACUGUACCUAUUACAGAAACAGCGAUUACGUCAAGAGCUGAUGAAAGCGUUACAGAUAUUGCCAAUAACGAAAUGCAAAUAACUAUAAGAAGUCCUACAGAAUUAGUAUUGUCUUCGAUGUUUCCGAUCAGAAAUGCAGUAGAUACAACUGUUUUGGACAUGACAGCUGAAGCAUCUGAGGUUAUAACAACAAUAGAUAAUUCUACAAAUGUAGAAACAGAAAUUGAAUCAAUGCCAGAAAAUAGAAAAAAAAAGAACAGCAAAAUAUUGUAUACAUCUAAUCUUAGACUUAUUCUGUUGUGUUUCGGUUUUUUUAUUCAUAAAUAA